GUACUAAUUGGAUAAGUCAAAAUCAAACAAGAGUAACACGAACCAGGAACAUGUUUAGGGGACAAGUAGGCUAAGAAGUAUGAAAUACACAUUAUGGUUGUUGUUGAUCAGAUGAACCCUUAUAUACAUGUACAUUAAUUUUUGCCUCAAGCAGAAAAUAGUUGUAUACAGACAAUCAAGGGAGGGAGACGCGCCAAUUCCAAUAAUCUUCACUUACAAAAUUACAUGCAAGAUGGCUUGGAAGAUAACACCUGGUUCUAAAAAUUCUUAAGAUGACAAUGCCAAAACUAGCUAUCAACUGGUUCUUAUUACCUCCAGUGCUGCCUCCACCCCCGUUGGAAAAACAUGAUGUCGGGUGUGUAAUGAUGUUAGCAUUUGGGUAAGUAGUCAAACAAGAUCAGCUCUACACACGUGUUAUCAGGCUGCUGUAGUCGAUACCCGAUUUAGUUGUAUUAUGUGUGUUCUCAAGCUACAGUCCUUAACCUAUUUAAUUAGAGAGC